GAGAAACGUUCUGAGAAACGAGGGGAGUAUUUAAUUCAUCAAGACAUCAUUGAUAAACAUAAAAGGUCACCAAAAGGUGGAUGUUGACAUUUUUAAGCAUAACACUCAACACAAACCAACAAGCAAGUAAACACCAUGGCUACACCCAGAAACCAGCUUCUGUACUUCGUCUUCCUUGUAAUCACCGUCACUUUCUCGCCGGAACUUUCUUUUUCCGGUGAGACUGUCUCAUCUCUUCCUGGCUUUUCCGGUGAUCUUCCUUUCAACCUCCAAACUGGGUACAUAACUGUGGGAGAUUCAGCGAUGUUUUAUUACUUCAUUGAAUCAGAAGGGAAUCCAAGGAAAGACCCUUUACUUCUUUGGCUUACUGGAGGACCUGGUUGUUCUUCUUGGAAUAGUCUUGUUUAUGAAAUUGGGCCACUAGAAUUUGACCUAGAUGCAUCCUUAGAAGGCGGACUGCCGCAUUUGAGAUCUUAUGAUUAUUCUUGGACUAAGAGUGCCAGUAUAAUUUUUCUGGAUUCGCCGGUUGGAACAGGCUUCUCCUACUCAACAACUCCAGAAGGAUGGCCUAGUUCAGACACAAAAUCAGCAGAUGAAGCUUACGAAUUUUUAUUAAAGUGGGUGGGAGAAAAUCCUCAAUAUCUCCAGGUUCCAUUCUUUGUGGGUGGUGAUGGAUACUCGGGGAUAAUUGUCCCACUGAUAACAAAAUUGGUCGUAGAGGGCAUUGAAGCUGGAGUGCUGCCUCAACUGAACUUAAAGGGAUAUUUAGUGGGAAGCCCAAACACAGAUGAUUUCAUUGACUUAAAUUCAAAAGUAGAGUUUGCUCAUAGGAUGGCACUCAUAUCAGAUAUUACUUACAAUAACGCGAAGAAACACUGCAAGAAGAACUAUAUAGUUGUGGAUCCGGAUAACACACAAUGUGUUCUUGCUCUCGAUGAUUAUGAGAGGUGUGUCCGGGGAAUCUGGCAGAAUCAUAUUCUGGAGCCCAAGUGUACAUUAGGUAGACCACAAGAUGAUAGAUGGACUAGAAGAUCUCUUCAAGAGGACCCGAACGAAUUCAUUCUUUCGGUUCCUCAGGUGUCAAAUCUAUGGUGUCGGGAUUUCAAUUAUACUCUGUCCGAUAGCUGGGCGAAUGAUAACACCGUUCAGGAGGCUUUGCAUGUGCGCAAGGGAACUAUAAACCAAUGGAGCAGGUGCAACCAAACAAUAUCAUACACAAAAGAUCAACCAAGUGUUGUUCAAGUUCAUCAAAAUCUCACCGAUAAAAACUUGAGAUUAUUAGUAUACACUGGUGAUCGAGACAUGGUUGUUCCGUUUGUCGGAGUUGUGCAAUGGAUUAAAUCCAUAAAAAAUGCGGCUAACCUAACUCUUUCGGACAAAUGGCGUCCGUGGUUUGUUGAUGCUCAAGUUGGAGGGUAUACACGGAAAUAUGAGAAGGAUUCUUACUAUUUGACGUACGCAACUGUGAAGGGUGGAGGUCAUACAGCAGCAGAAUACUAUCGUCGAGAAUGCUAUGAAAUGUUCAAUAGAUGGGUGUCAUUCUAUCCUCUGUGAUGCUAGCUUUUGUGAGCUUGUUGAUUUGUGUAAUAAUCCCCACAAAUUUGGUGGUUCUUUACAUUGCAUUUGUUGAUUUAGGGAAAUUGUACCACCAUUUUCCUUAAUUAUAAUUAAGUAUCUCUUGUUUGGUUCUUAGUAAAUGAUGUGUCUUUUUUUCAAAAAAAUAAAUUUUGUUUGACCAUUUCUCAAUUUUUGAUGGUCAUGUUAUGGUUCGUCUGACAUUGGCAAUGGUUGUUGGCUAUUGGCUAUUGGCUUUUUUAAUUGGCUAGUUUGAUCAGUUAGAAGUAUUAGCGGUUUUUGUUGCCUUUUAAACUAAUUGGAUUAGUUAGUUGUUUAGAGAGAUGUUUGGUAAAAUUAUAUAUUGAUUGUUGACUGUUUAUUAGAAA